GGCGCCGCGAGCUCGUCGUCGCAGGGCUCGGCGGCGGCGGACGGAGAGGGACCGCUGCUGCUCAAGAGGCAGAAGCGGCCGGCGGCGCGGCGCUCGCUGGUGCGCUACCUGAAGGGCCGCGAGGUGGGCGCGCGGGGCCGCGCCGGGCUCCCGGGCUUCGAGGGCGAGCUGCGCGGCUACGCGGUGCGGAAGCUGCCCGAGCUGCUGCGGGAGCGCGAGCUGGCCCUGGGCACCCUCAACAAGGUGUUCGCGUCGCAGUGGCUGAACGCCAGGCAGGUGGUGUGCGGCACCAAGUGCAACACGCUCUUCGUGGUGGACGUGCAGUCGGGCCAGAUCACGCGCCUCCCCCUGAUGCGCGACCGGGGGCCCGGGCUGGCCCGGGCCCAGCCGAGCUGCGGCAUCCACGCCAUCGAGCUGAAUCCCUCCAAGACGCUUCUGGCCACCGGGGGCGAGAACCCCAACAGCCUGGCUGUCUACCAGCUGCCCACCCUGGACCCCGUGUGCCUGGGCGACCGCCAUGGCCACAAGGACUGGAUCUUCGCCAUCGCCUGGAUGAGUGACACAGUGGCUGUGAGCGGCUCCCGCGACGGCACCGUGGCGCUGUGGCGGAUGGACCCGGACAUGUUCAACGGCAGCAUCGCCUGGCACAACGACGCAGGGCUCCCCCUAUAUGCCCACAUCCGUCCGAGGGUCUUGGAGACCAUCCCCAGGGCCUGCACCAACCCCAGUAACCGCAAGGUACGGGCCCUGGCCUUCAAUCGCAAAAACCAGGAGCUGGGAGCGGUGUCCCUGGACGGCUACUUCCACCUGUGGAAAGCCCACAGCACCCUGUCCAGGAUGCUGUCCAUCAGGCUGCCCUACUGCCGAGAGAACGUGUGCCUAACCUACUGCGACGAGUUGUCCCUGUACGCCGUGGGCUCCCAGUCCCACGUCUCCUUCCUGGAUCUGCGCCAUGGUCACCAAAACAUCCGGCCCCUGUGCUCCCGAGAGGGCGGCACGGGCGUGCGCUCGCUGAGCUUCUACCAGCACCUCGUCACCGUGGGCACGGGCCACGGCUCCCUGCUCUUCUAUGACGUCCGCGCUCAGAAGUUCCUGGAAGAGAAGGCCUCGGCCAGCCCAGACUCCUCUCCUGGGCCCGCAGCGAGGAAGCUCAAGCUCACCUGUGGCAGAGGCUGGCUCAACCACGACGACCUGUGGGUGAACUACUUUGGCGGCAUGGGCGAGUUCCCCAACGCGCUCUACACUCACUGCUACAACUGGCCUGAGAUGAAGCUCUUCGUGGCUGGGGGGCCUCUCCCUUCAGGCCUGCACGGGAACUACGCAGGCCUGUGGAGCUAAAGAUGGCCGCCCUGUUCUCCAAGUGCCCAGAUUUACCUUCCAGUGCCCUCCCACUUUCCUUCUUCACGCUUGUGUUUGUGCUUUUAACUCAGUGUGGCU